AGUGAGCUGAGCUGAGGGGCAGAGGGCGCGGGGCGGAGGUUGAAACGCUGGUGCUGCCCGAGGUAGGAGGAGGCCGGUCUGGUUGUCUGGCGGCCAGCUAUGAAGCCGCCUAGUUCAGUGCAAACAAGUGAGUUUGACUCAUCAGACGAAGAGCCUAUUGAAGACGAACAGACUCCAAUUCAGAUAUCAUGGCUACCCCUAUCACGAGUGAACUGUUCUCAAUUUCUUGGUUUAUGUGCUCUUCCAGGUUGUAAAUUUAAAGGUGUUAGAAGAAAUAUCCAAAAAGAUACAGAAGAACUAAAGAGCUAUGGUAUACAAGACAUAUUUGUUUUCUGCACCAGAGGGGAACUGUCAAAAUAUAGAGUUCCAAACCUUGUGGGCCUCUACCAUCAGUAUGGAAUUAUCACUCAUCAUCAUCCGAUUCCAGAUGGAGGGACUCCUGACAUAGCCAGCUGCUGUGACAUAAUGGAGGAGCUUGAAAUCUGCCUUAAAAAUAACCGAAAAACCUUAAUACACUGUUAUGGAGGACUUGGGAGAUCCUGUCUUGUAGCCGCUUGUCUCCUCCUAUACCUGUCUGACACAAUAUCACCGCAGCAAGCCAUCGACAGCCUGAGGGACCUGAGAGGCUCUGGAGCAAUACAGACCAUAAAGCAAUAUAAUUAUCUUCAUGAGUUCCGGGACAAACUAGCUGCACACCUAUCAUCGAGAGAUUCACUAUCAAGAUCUGUAUCUAGAUAAAAGAAUUUCAAAUAGCAUAUAUAUAUGACCAUGGCAGAAAUUUGAGUUCUCUAACAUUCGUAUUGAAAUGAAACUACUAUUGUUAUCAAAUGGAAUGAAAUGAAUGUAGAUGUAUAUGUGCAGAUAUUCUUAAAGCUUUUAUUGACAAAUUUCAUUGUGUCUCUUUCAUCUCUUAUAGGAGAUAGAAAAACUGGUAUACAAUAUUCCUUUUAAAAAUGCACUAGCUGCUCUGAUAUAUUUUACCUGGAGGCAAUGCUGAAAAAAGCAUAUGGAAAAAUAUAUUUUUAUUUUUUUACCACACUCUUACCUCAUAUCAUCAGUAACUACUGGGUAGCGUAUGACAUAGUAAUACAUAUGAAAAUUGGUAUGAGUAGCCAUGCUAAAAUUAUUUAAAUAACUCUUACCCUCUAUUCCUCUGAAAAUUUCUCCCACUGUUUUCUCUACUUCAUAGACAUACAGAAUUGUGAGGGAUCCUUUGAAUCACCUCGUC